AUGGAUGAAGAGGAGAACCACUAUGUCUCACAGCUCAGGGAAGUCUACAACAGCUGUGACACUACUGGGACAGGAUUUCUGGACCGAGACGAGUUGACCCAACUGUGCUAUAAGCUUCACCUGGAAAAGCAGCUGCCUAUACUCCUGCAGACUCUUCUUGGAAGCAACCACUUUGCCAGGGUUAACUUUGAGGAAUUUAAGGAAGGUUUUGUGGCUGUGCUGUCAUCCACUGUUGGUGUUGGCCCCUUAGAUGAAGAGAGUAGUUCUUUGGAAUCAGCUGCCUCUUGUGCUGUCCCACCAAAAUAUGUGAGUGGCUCCAAGUGGUAUGGCCGUCGGAGCCGGCCUGAGCGGUGGGACUCUACCGCUGAAGCCAAAUACGUACCAGAGCAGCAAGCCAAGGCCAGCCUGAAGAGCCAGCUCCGACGUUCUGCGUCUCUGGAAAGUGUGGAGAGUCUCAAGUCAGAUGAAGAAGCCGAGAGUGCUAAAGAGACUCAAAAUGAAUUAUUUGAAGCACAAGGCCAGCUGCAAACCUGGAGUUCUGAGGUCUUUGGGAGCUCCCAAAAGCCCUGCAGUCCCUCCUUGGACUCACCCGAGAGGCAGGUACGGGGCAUCUGGGAAGAGUUGGGGGUUGGCAGCAGUGGCCACCUGAAUGAGCAGGAAUUGGCUGUGGUCUGCCAGAGCAUCGGACUCCAUGGACUUGAGAAAGAGGAACUUGAAGACCUGUUUAACAAACUGGAUCAGGAUGGAGAUGGCAGAGUGAGUCUUGCGGAAUUCCAAGUUGGCCUGUUCAGUCAUGAGCCUGCUUCACUUCUGGAAUCUUCUACCCUGCUCAAAUCAAGCAAGCCCUGGUCUCAUUGUCAGGUCCCAACAGAGAAYGGCUGCCACACUACCCCUACCACCUCGUCCCUUGUGUCUGUGUGCUCAGGCCUGCGCUUCUUCUCCAACGUUGAUGAUGGUAGUGGCUUUGCCUUUCCUGAGCAGAUCAUCACCACCUGGGCACAGGAAGGGAUUCAGAAUGGCAGGGAAAUCUUGCAGAGCCUGGACUUCAGCAUGGAUGAGAAGGUGAAUCUUUUGGAGUUGACCUGGGCCCUCGACAAUGAGCUCCUGACAGUUGAUGGUGUUGUCCAGCAGGCAGCCCUGGCCUGCUACCGUCAGGAGCUGAGCUACCACCUAACACAAGUGGAGCAAUUGGUGCAGGAGAGAGAUAAGGCAAGACAGGACCUAGAGAGAGCCGAGAAGAGGAAUCUGGAGUUUGUGAAAGAGAUGGAUGACUGCCACUCUGCCCUGGAGCAGCUGACAGAGAAGAAAAUCAAGAACCUGGAGGAGGGGUACAGGGGAAGGCUGAGUCUCCUGCGCUCAGAGGUGGAGAUGGAGCAGGAGCUGAUCUGGGACCAGGCCUGCAGGCAGAAGGCUGCACUGGAGCAAGAUGUGAGCCGCUUGAGGGCUGAGGAGGCCAGCCUCCAUGAGAAGCUCACCCUGGCCCUAAAGGAAAACAGUCGAUUACAGAAGGAGAUUGUGGAAGUGGUGGAAAAGCUUUCAGAUUCAGAGAAACUAGUCCUGAAACUACAGAACGACCUGGAGUUUGUGCUGAAAGACAAGGAGCCACAGAACAUGGAGCUGCCAUCCCAGGAGGAGCAGUUUGCAGUACUCCUGAAGGAAUAUGAGCUCAAGUGCCGGGAUCUGCAAGAUUGCAAUGAUGAGCUACAAGCUGAGCUGGAAGGCCUGCGGGCACAACUGCCUGAGAGUUGGCAGAGCCCCUCAGAGGACCUGGGCACCCAUGGACAGAGGGUCUCUGGACGUGGCCCAGCAGGCAUUUUGUCUGUGGGUGACUCCACUCCAGUGAGUAUAGAAACGGAGAUAAUGAUGGAGCAGGUGAAGGAACGUUACCAAGAUCUCAAGAUCCAGCUGGAGACCAAGGUAAAUUACUACGAGACGGAAAUUGAGGUCAUGCAGAGAAACUUUCAGAAGGAGAGAAAGGAGAUGGAGCAGGCUCACCAGCUUGAGGUUUGCACAUUGGAAAGCCAGAAAGCAGACCUGGAAGCAUUGUAUACCAAGUCUCAGGAGGUCAUCCUGGGCCUGCGGGAGCAGCUGCAGGAUGCAACUCAUGGCCCUGAGCCUGGGCAGACUGGGAUGGAACAGUGCUGUGCGCAGGUGCUGUGUGGCCUGGCCCAGCAACUGAAGGAGGAGCUGCAGCUGAGGCACCAGAACCAACUACAGCAGAUAAGGAAAGAGGCAGAAGAUGUGCUGACCCAGAAACUGUCGUGGCUGGAAGCCCAACAUGUUGCCCGCUGUGAAAGGCUGUCCCUGCAGCAUCAGAGCGAGAAGGACCGGCUGCUGCAGACGCACCUGUGGCGACUGAGGGAGCUGGUGGCACAACUGGACCUGGAGAAAGAGCAGCAGGAAGAGAGAGAGAAGGAGAUCCUCACACGCUGUCAGAAGCAGCAGAUGAGACUGCAGGCAGUGAUGAGUGAGGAACAGGCACAGAUUUGUAGAUCGAUGGCUCUGGAGAAGGAGGAAUUGGAGCACACCUACAGGAAGCAAGUGGAAGGGCUUGCGCAGGAGGCAGAGGCACUGAGGGCCCUCUUGAACGAUGGAACCACUGUGACGGGCCUCACAUCCCUGUGCCUAGGUGGGGAGCAACCACUGGCUCAGUUGGAUCUGAAUACUGAUGGAGAGAUGAGGGAACUGGCCGAGGACACGCCUGGCCAGAGGCGAACUGAAGGCAGGGAUUUACCCAGCCAGCCUCGCUGUGUGGACACCACACAGAACCCAACCCCUGUUCUGGUAUCCAGAGAGUCCUUGAAAAGCUUCAGCCUAGGAGAGAACUGUCAGGGUCCACUCAGUGCUGGGGAGGUAGCUUCUGUUCCCUUGGAGAAGAGGUCAUACAUGCAGCCAUGCGAAGGGAACAAGGGAGCCAUUGCAGAGGAGCCAGUGCCUUCUGCCAGGGCCCCAAUGAGUCUGGGCCAGGCUGAUGCCCAGGAGCUUCCCGUAUUGGCCACAGAGGGGAUGGCCUGGUUGGCUCAGCCCCAGACACUGGAGCCAUGGCACAGCCCAGCCACUUUGGAGGAGCAAGCCAACAGCCUGAGCGGGGACCCAGCCCCUGAGAGUGGUCAUGGCCAGGUCUUUGAGGGGAUGUCCAGGGGUGGUGACAAUGCCCGGGAGACCUGGCUUGAGCACAGCCAGGAGGCUGCCUGUUGGGGGUCCUCCUGGUUACACUCCAAGCUCCCAGACCCACAGCAGCCUGGGCUAGAGUGUCUUACUGCCCUGGAGGAGACAGAGGCCGAAAUGGCAUUGGAGAAAGAGAAGAGUGAUAUGAGAAACAAACUUCUCCAGCUGGAAGAUGUUGUCCGGGCUCUCGAGAAAGAAGCAGACUCAAGAGAGAAUGACAGAGUCGAGUUUCAGAGGCUUUCUGAAGAAAACAUAUUGUUGAAAAAUGAUCUGGGGAGGAUUCAGCAGGAACUUGAAGCUGCAGAGAGCACAAAUGAUGCACAGAGAAAGGAAAUUGAAGAUUUAAAGAGAGACAAAGAAAAGACCUGCCUUGAAAUGGAAGAACUCAACAUACAGAUUCAGAAAUACAAGGAUGAAUUGUCACAACUCAACCGUAGAGUCCUUCAGCUGGAAGGAGAUGCUUCUACACAUCAGGCCCAAAAGGAGAAGAAUCACAUUGCCCUUCAGCUGUUAAGGCAGAGGCUGGAGGAGGCUAGGCGCCGGGAGGAGCAGCAGGAUAACCAAAUCAAAAAACUUGAAGUUGAACUUCAACACGUGAAUCAGGAAUGUCAGAAUCUGAGGCUGUCACAGUCAGAGCUGACAGUGAGCCUUGAAGAAAGUCAAGAACAGUUACACAGCGCCCAUCUGAGGCUGAAGGCAGCCCAAUCCCAGCAUGCACAGGAGGUUCAGCACCUGCAGGAGCAGAAGAGCCAGCUGGUGCCUAGGGCCCGUGUGACUGAGCUGCAGCACCUACUCAGCGUCCAAGAAAAGGAGGCUGGGAGACUACUGGAUGCACAGAGAGAAGAACAUGAAAGGCAGAUGAAAACCAAGGAAGGGCAGGCCAAAGAGGCAGAGAUGUACUUGCAGAAUGUAGAAUGGCUCCUACAAGAGAAGGUGGAUGAGUUGAGAGAACAAUUCAAAAAGAACACUAAAUCUGAUCUGCUGCUCAAGGAACUCUAUGUGGAAAAUGCUCACCUCAUGAAGGCUCUUCAGGUCACAGAAGAGAAGCAACGAGGUGCUGAGAGCAAAAACCGCAUUUUGGAAGAAAAAGUCCAUGCUCUCAACAAACUUAUCAAUAAGAUUGCCCUAGCAUCCCUCUCUGUGUAAAUACUGCUGGUUUCCUAGAAUUCAUUCUAAGGAAUGUUUUGUUUCUGUUUUUGCAGUACUAGGGAUUGA